AAACCCAUCUUUCGUCAACCGCGCGCACUGCGCAUCCACCCACCAACUCCGAAUCCCAACCCUUUUUCCCCAUUAAAAUCACCAACCAUUCGAUUCCUCUUUCUGUUAUCGAAGCCAUGGCCUCCCUGAGCUUCGCUAAGUUGAACGCCUCCUCCUCGCAGUGGAUCUCCCAGCAAUCCUUCACCCAGAGGCGCGGAUCCUCUUCCGCACGCCGUGUUUCUCUCCCGAUCCGUGCCGGGGCUUACUCCGACGAGCUUGUUCAGACUGCGAAAUCAGUUGCAUCUUCUGGACGUGGUAUUCUUGCCAUUGAUGAAUCUAAUGCAACAUGUGGGAAGAGGUUAGCAUCCAUUGGCUUGGAUAACACCGAAACCAACAGACAAGCUUACAGACAGCUUUUGCUGACCACACCUGGCUUGGGCGAGUACAUUUCUGGUGCUAUUCUUUUUGAGGAGACACUUUACCAGUCAACCACAGAUGGGAAGAAAUUUGUCGAUUGCUUGCGAGAGGCAAAGAUUGUGCCUGGUAUUAAAGUUGAUAAGGGUUUGGUUCCUCUGCCAGGAUCCAACAAUGAAUCCUGGUGUCAAGGCCUAGAUGGACUGGCUUCAAGAUCUGCUGAAUAUUAUAAGCAAGGUGCUCGUUUUGCUAAGUGGCGGACAGUUGUUAGCAUUCCUUGUGGUCCCUCUGCUCUGGCUGUUAAGGAAGCUGCUUGGGGCCUUGCACGUUACGCUGCAAUUUCUCAGGAUAAUGGCCUAGUACCUAUUGUAGAACCUGAGAUCCUUCUUGAUGGGGACCAUUCCAUUGACAGGACACUUGAAGUGGCUGAAAAGGUCUGGUCAGAAGUAUUCUUCUAUUUGGCCAAAAACAAUGUUCUGUUCGAAGGAAUCCUUCUAAAGCCUAGCAUGGUAACACCUGGGGCCGAACACAAGGAGAAGGCCUCUCCUGAAACUAUUGCUAAAUACACUCUAACAAUGCUUAGGAGAAGAGUUCCUCCUGCAGUUCCUGGAAUCAUGUUUUUGUCUGGAGGACAGUCUGAGAUGGAAGCGACAUUGAACCUGAACGCCAUGAACCAAAGCCCCAACCCGUGGCAUGUUUCCUUCUCCUACGCCCGUGCACUGCAGAACAGCGUGCUCAAGACAUGGCAAGGAAACCCGAAAAACAUCGAGGAUGCACAGAAAGCGCUUUUGGUGCGUGCGAAGGCAAACUCCCUCGCGCAGCUCGGGAAGUACACUGCCGAGGGCGAAAGCGACGAGGCCAAGAAAGGAAUGUUUGCGAAGGGAUAUACUUACUGAGCCCCGGUAAAUUGCUAUCGCUUUCGAAUGUGUGCUUUUCUUUCUCCUUCUUCCUUGAAGAAGAACAAGACUUUUUUCGUUUCUCAAUAGAUAAGGCCUUUCCCUUCCUUGAUAGAAAGCUUUUAUAAUAAGACCUGUGAGAAGCAAACUCACUGAGAGAGUAAGAAAAUUGUAUCCUACCAUCUUUUUCUAAGUUGAGAUAUUUAGUAUUUUGUUAGUAUUUAGUAUUUUUGAGAUUUUGGCCUCUUAUAUGCAAUGUGCCUCUCAUCCUUCCGGUAAAGUGAGUCCACUUUGUUGGCAAUAAUUAUAUUUGGCAAAAGCAUUUUAAUUAA